UUUAUUUCAGUGCUCGGGGGAACAGCGGGACACAGAGCAGACACUCUGAAAGAUAAAGACCAAGAGAAAGCAGAUAUAUCUUAUUUUACCAGGAUUUUACAGUUUUAUAUCCCAAAAAUUUAAACAAAAGCGAGGAGAAGAGAAGAGAACGCACGCAGAUAACGCGGGAUAUCUGCUAACAGACUUGUUUGUAUACUGGGGUCCCGUCGCUGGAACUUACCGUGAUUGUUUGUUGUUUUAGUGUGUAGUCUGCUAUGUUUCUCCGCGGUUUUCUGACUCUCCUGAUCAUUCCACUGGACUCUCGAGGUGAAGUCUGACUUAAGUCUGAUUUCGAGUCGAGUCGAGGGCCCUCCUGUCCCGAUGAAGCCACACAUUUCUGACUUUCAGCUUUUGUGCAGCAAGGACUGAAACGUGGGUGGAUCAGUAAAACAACCCGAAAAAAAAAGUCAAGAAUCUUCCUUUCUGGCGUUUUGCUGUUUUCUUUUUCUCAUCGAGGACCAGAGGCACUCUUCAUCCAGAAGGCGAGUAACGGAACUGAGGGUGACGCGAGGACAAGACAGGUCGGUGCCUAUGAAGUUUCAGGUUUCCGGUGAUAUUAACGGAGAAAGUUGUUAGCAGGAGGAGCUGCCAGGUGGACAAGUUCACGCACACGGGUGCUUUAUCCUGUACCCCCACCCCACCCUUCUCAUAUUCACCACCACCACUCUAAAUAGCUAAAGCUGUUUUAAGGACUAUUUUAACAGACUUGAGUUUCUCUUCUGUGUUCAUGCACGUGUACUAACUAAACUGCCCCCUCACCUUCCACCCACCACUGCCACCCUGAUCAGAGAAGGACUGCAGUCCCGGUGGAACACCACCAGCCCACCUGCACCUGCACCACUCUCCCUUCCCCCUUUGCUUCCGAGGGCACGUGCCAUCGCAUGGACUGCCACUGACGUGAACAUGGCCGCGGACCUCGCCAUGAGCGCCGGCGAGCUGCCCAACAGCCCCCUGGCCAUCGAGUACGUGAAUGACUUCGACCUCAUGAAGUUCGAGGUGAAGAAGGAGCCGCCCGAAUCCGAGCGAUACUGCCACCGCCUGCCUCCCGGCUCGCUCUCCUCCACACCUAUCAGCACGCCGUGCUCUUCCGUGCCUUCGUCGCCCAGCUUCUGCGCCCCGAGCCCAGGCGCCCAGCCGGGCCACAACCUUGUUAACGGCGUGGCCGGCAACGCCAACGGUGUCAACGGCAACGCCAACGGUGCCAACGGCGGCAGCAACGGCCAGGGUGCGUCCGGCAAGGCGGCCCAGCUGGAGGACCUCUACUGGAUCCCCAACUACCAGCACCACGUGAGCCCUGAGGCCCUGAACCUGACCCCGGAGGACGCCGUGGAGGCGCUCAUCGGCAACGCGCACCACCACCAUCACCACCACCACGCGCACCAGGCGUACGACGGCGCGAGCUUCCGCGCGCAGCAGUAUGUGGGCGAAGACCUCAGCACGGCCGCGGGCCAUCACCACGGCCACCACCACCACCAUCACCACCACGGGCACCACCACCACGCGCACGCACGCCUCGAGGACCGCUUCUCGGACGAGCAGCUCGUGAGCAUGACGGUGCGCGAGCUUAACCGGCAACUCCGCGGCUUCAGCAAGGAGGAGGUGAUCCGGCUCAAGCAGAAGCGGCGCACACUGAAGAACCGUGGCUACGCGCAGUCGUGCCGCUACAAGCGCGUGCAGCAGCGGCACAUGCUCGAGACGGAGAAGUGCACGCUGCAAAACCAGGUGGAACAGCUGAAGCAGGACGUGGCGCGACUCGCCAAGGAGCGAGAUCUCUACAAGGAGAAGUAUGAGAAGCUAGCGAGUCGGAGCUUCGGCGGCGGAGGAGCCAACGGCAGUGCAAACGGCGGGGGAGGCGGUAACCGGGACCCGUCUGCCGGCAACCACGGCAAAGAGUUCUUCAUGUGAGAGCGAUUUGUGUCUUAGACUUUUUUUUAUUUCUCCUCCUCCUCCUUCUUCCUCUCCACCACGCCAGCGUGCUCAUCAUGUUCAUUACCAUCUUCAUCGACAUCAAUUUUAUUAUUGUUAAGUUUUAUAUAUCUCAGUGUGAACUUUUAUUUACAGUCCGUGCUGUCGGAUUCACACGGUCCUUUAGACGCAGUGAAACAAACACGCACAUACGUUUGCGCGUCACCUGAGCGUGUGCGCGCCUGUAGACUAAUAGACCACCAUAGAACACGGUGUCAGAAGUCUUAACAUAUUUAACAUAGUGCACUCUUAGAGAAGCUGUGAACUUACUACAACAUGGGAUCAGUAGUCAGAUGCCUACCACCUCAAAUCUUUCAGCCUAAACAUCUACAAUCAAAUAUUUCUAAGCAACCAUCCUAUUUGGACACAUUAAUUCAUAUUCAAUUAUUAAUUUUUUUCAGAUGGCUUAAAAUAUUAGGGCAUUCUUCCUGCAGGACAUCAAGGGGUGCUUUUCAGUGGGACUGAUUUUGUAUUAUUUUUGUUUAUUCAUUAAUUGCAUCAGCUCACAGUUUGUGUUCUUCGUUUCUAAACAGCAGAGACAAGUCUUAUUUAAAAUCACUUAAACCCACCUCAUACCAUGACUGAGCUGUCAGUCAUUUUAACUCCACUCCAAUUCAAUUAUACUCGUCUUAUAAUGGACCGACACGAGUCUUAAAGUCGUGGGGAAACUUAAUAUAGAACUGCAGUUUUAUGAUGAUAAUUUUAUUUAUUUAUUUUUUGGACUGAAGGAGAAAUCAAAAACGACUGAAAACAGCGAAAAAAGGGAAAAUAGCAAUACGUGGUCGUCUUUCUUCACCUCAUCCUCCUUCUCCUUUUUGGACAGUGUGUGUGUGAGUGAAUGUGAGAGUGAGUGAGUGUGAGAGUGACUGUGUGUAAGAGAGCAAGAAAAAGUGUGUGACUCUCCAGAGCGCCUCCUAAACUUCAGCAUUGCGCCCCUGACCCUGCAUGCGGGACAUGUACGGUGCUUCACACCCCGCCCCACAUACACACCUGGAUGAAAAGCAUGGCCCUUAAUGCCUCCUCACAGACCUUCCUCAUCCUCCUGGUCCUCCUCAUCUCACUCUUGCUGUAGUGAGAUAAAAUAAAAAACAUUGUGUUCAGCUGCGAGGAACUGCAACAGAUAAAGACGUUCAGGACAGACCUGAGUGGAAGACAAUCUUCUUUCCAUGAAGGUGUUAUUUUUCAGAGCAACAAAAAUAACGACACACGAACUGAACUGAGCCAGAUUUGAUUUUAUUUAUUCUCACAUGUAAAUAUGUAGAGAUGAAUUUAGUGUGUUAUUUUACAUGACUCUUUUUUUCCAAGUCCUCUCUCUUUUUGUUUGUUUGCUUGUUUAUUUAAAACGUCUUAAUGCAAUGUUUGUAUGUAAAAGCAUGCAAAUGGUCAACGAUAUUCUCUUCCUAUCCAUAAAUGUACAAUAUAAAAGAGAAGCCUACUGCACUAUGACUGGAAGAACUGAGGGGAAAAUAAGCCCACAUUGAUUUGUAUUGGAUGAAUGGUACAUAAGCUACUUCAUCUGGGACAAGGACUUCAGUCGCUGCUAUAUUCUAUGCAUUCAGUUACUCAAAAGCAAUGAACAAUGAGCUUUAAACGAGUACGUGAUUUUGUUUGUGCUUAAAAUGAAAAGAAAAAUAACAAACGAAUGGAAAAUCUCUUUUUGUGGGGAUUAAUGUUAGAUAUGGCAAGUUACAAAAGUUUCCACGACAUUUGUCUACUAAUCUGGAAGCAACGUGUCAAGCCCUGUUUAAAGGUGACGGAGAAUACCUAACGAUUUGAUAAGGACUAAACUGUUUCCCGCGGUGUUGUCAAACUGAGUGUAACAUGUAAAGCUCACUGCUCGUCCUAAAGCUCUCAUUAACUUCAUUGAUUAUUAUACGAAUCACGUCCAUGCAUUGCAUUGCAGUUAGAUGAGGAUUGUAUGCAACGUAGCUGGAACUUUAAUCAUAGUUAUGAUAAUUUGACUGGCGUUCAGCUCAUUUUUAGGAGAAUGUGCAAUAGAAACGACCCCCAGUAUAUAACACCAGUAAGGUCUCAGUAGCUUAUGGAGAAUCCGAUGCUCUACCCCAAACGCUCAUCAGCCAUCCGGCUGAUAUAUAACCCAUUUUUUGCCACGUGCGUGUCGUUAUGGCUUUUCUUAAGUGGUCUCUCCACACGCAGAGCCCCGCUUUAUUUGGGUUAAUGUUCAGUGGAGACAACCCUGAAGUUUCCCACUGAGAGCUGAGGCAGUGGCUCUGUGAUUCAGUCACAUUUAACAAAGCUCCUGAGAGAGACAUGUGCUGGAUGUGUAAAAAUACUGUAUAUACGAUUUCUAUAUAUUUAUUCGAGAAACAUUUAAUGUCCAUAACGUGUCGAAACGUCUAAACUGAAAUGUUUCUGACUGGAAUGUUGUUCAGACUCUUGUUUUCAUAAUGUUUAAUAAAAAGUUCUGCCAAACGCG